CGCAAGUAUGGGAUCUGGCUGCCCCCCAGCUAUGACCCGACCGUACCCAACCCGGUCAUCCUUGCCUUCCAUGGCGGAGGCGGCAACUCGACGAUGCAGGAGCCGGUCAGCGAGCUGCACCGGCCCGAGUUCAACCGCCGGGGCUACAUUGCCGUGUACCCGGAGUCGACGGAGGAGUACGCCGGCCGGAUGUGGGAGGUGUCGCCGGCCAUUGCGCUCCGGGGCGUCGACGACAUGGGCUACGUCGCGGCGCUGCUCGAGCACAUCAAGCAGGAGCUGUGCGUCGACGAGACGCGCAUCUACGCCACGGGCAUGAGCCAGGGCGGCGGCAUGGCCAACAUGCUCGCCUGCCACCCGGUCCUCUCGACCCAGAUCGCCGCCUUUGCCGCCGUCUCGGGCUCCUACUUUUACAACGGCGACCCGCACUGCCACCCGCGCGACGACAUCCUGCCGUGCAAGCCGGGCCGCAAGGGCAUCCCCAUCAUGGCGUUCCACGGCGCCGGCGACGAGACGAUCCGGUAUGGCGGCGGGCUCGCCGAGAAGCACUACGCCUGCACGCCGGCGCUCGACUACUGGGCCGCCGAGUGGGCGCGCCGCAACGGC